UUUGGAAGUGCGUUGGAAUAUCUUGUGAUGAAGCUUAUUUGGCACGCGUCAGGAUUUUUUCGGUUUUCCAGAACCUCGUCUCGAUCGAGUGUGAGUGCCUUGCGAUGGAAUUCGGUUAGGAGGGAGUCUGGAUAGUCCCUUUGGGCAAGUGUACUGCAGAGUUCGUCAAGCUUCUCAGCGUAAUCUGUGUCGUUUGAACAAAUUCUGCGUAGUCUUACACUCUGCCCAUUAGGAAUUCCAACCUUACAGUGACGCGGGUGGUGACUCUUGAAGUGAAGGUAUUGUUGUUUGUCAGUUGGCUUUUUGUACAGGGUUGUGAUGAGGUUGCCGUUGUCUAGUGAUAUUGUGGUGUCGAGGAAGUUAAUUAAGUGAGUUGACUGUGAUGAUGACGCGCUUGACAGGCGGCGCCACCGCUCCCUGCGUGCAGCGCCACCUGUGGCAAAUCCCAAAACAGAUUGACUGUACUUUUCUGCCAUUUUUGCGACUUACUACGAAGCGUACGGUACUUUAUGGUGUUUGAUUGACUCUGGGUGUUCCUGUGACGGGGUAUAAUGAGUGCUUACGUGAUAUUUUGUGGGUUUGGAAGGAUAAAAGGCAUUCCACAGUUUUUCCGUGCUAGCAAUAUUAGAAAGGGAAGAAAACUGUUGGAGUCCGAACAUGUGUACGGCGUGAAGGAAGAAGCCCUUGGACGAGACGUCACGAUUUCUGGCAAAUGCGUUGCGCAGACAAGCAGGCAUUCACACGAUGUCUUAAUUGAGAUUGGAUCUGAAAGAGCUAUCGUUUCUGCAUCGUGCAGCUGUAAAGGCGGAAUCGCUGGGCAAUGCAAACAUACCGCUGCAGUUGCCCAGUACAUCAACAAUGACGUUAUGAAGUCGUGCACAGACCGUCCACGUGCUUGGGGACGCCCUUCAACACGACCUGCGCUCGACAACCAGCUCUUGAUAUGCGAUCUUUUCGCAGGUGGCAUCAAGAGCGUAGGUGCAGGAUAACCAGCUCUAAUGCACAUCGUGUAUGGACGAGGACAGUGAAUGAAGAAGGUUUGGUGCAAGCCCUGCUGAACAGCAGGCGCUUCAGCAAUGCAGCAACAAAAUAUGGGAGUUCGACUGAGGCAGAAGCGAGGCUGAGUUUUGCUAGCAGGCAUCAUGCUCCUGUGUACGAGACUGGUGUUAUGAUUAGCAUCUGCCAGCCUUGGCUCUGUGGCAGCCCUGAUGGCAUCAUCUGGAAAGGGGGUGAGCCACUGCUGCUUGAAAUAAAGUGCCCGUUCUCAAGAGCAGGAAAGGAGCUUUACUGGGAAGAGGCGCAGUCAACAUCUGUCCCAUAUUUGGAGUUCCGGGAUGCCAAACUGUGUUUAAAGCAGCGUCAUACCUACUAUACUCAAGUGCAGCUACUGAUGUACAUUGCAGGUGUGCAGAAGGCCCACUUCUAUGUGUACACUACAAAGCAGCAGGCAGAUAUUCUAGUGCAAAGGGAUGAACAGUUCCUGUGUGAGGUUGUGCCCAAGCUUGAGAAGUUUUAUUUUGAACACUAUUUGCAAAGGCUGACAUAAUUUAUGGUUUGCAUAAAUGCAAAAUAAAGUGAGUCUGCUUUUGAGUGGCAGCA